GGCCGGAGCUGUCAGUUCCUGCAUGAGUUUCCCUGAGAGCAGCACUGUGCCCCCAGUAGUCAGCAUGGCAGGGCCGGGGAUGCUGCUCCUCUGGGCCGGGCUGCUGCUCUGCCAGGAUGCCACCACUGCUGCCCUUCCACCGCACAUAGUCUUCGUCCUGGCGGACGACCUGGGCUUUAAUGACGUGAGCUUCCACGGCUCGGAGAUCAGAACCCCGACUCUGGACAGUCUGCGAAGCCAAGGCGUGGAGCUGGGCUCCUACUACGUGCAGCCGCUGUGCACCCCGUCCCGCAGCCAGCUGCUGAGCGGCAGGUACCAGAUUCACACGGGGCUGCAGCAUGAGAUAAUAUGGCCGUGUCAGCCCCACUGUCUACCUCUUGAUGAAAAGCUGCUGCCCCAGUUACUGAAGGAAGCCGGAUAUGCCACACACAUGGUGGGAAAAUGGCACCUUGGCCUUUAUAAAAAGGACUGCCUUCCGACCCGCAGAGGAUUCGACACUUACUUUGGAUAUCUUCUGGGCAGCGAGGAUUAUUAUACCCAUGACAGAUGCUAUGAAAUCAAGGGUGUGAAUAAAACCGUGUGCGCUCUUGAUUUCCGAGAUGGUGAAGUAGCAGCCAAAGGUUAUGAGAAGAAGUACUCCACACAUUUAUUUACCGAAAGAGCUGUGGAUCUCAUAGCUAAUCACAAUCCUCAAACGCCUCUGUUCCUUUACCUGCCGUAUCAAGCAGUUCACGCGCCUCUUCAGGUUCCACAGGAAUAUUUAGAGCCGUACAGUUUCAUCCAUGACCAGAACAGGCGCCAUUAUGCAGGGAUGGUGUCCGUCCUGGAUGAAGCGGUAGGAAAUGUCACUGAUGCGUUAAAGCAAUAUGGACUUUGGGACAACACCGUUUUCAUAUUCUCUACAGUAUUUCUAAGUGGAAAACAAGCAGGAACAGAGUUGUCUUCGGUGUAUAACUAUACUGGGAUAGUCCAAGUUGUUGGUAACACCACAUCAGGAACCUUUAGUUACUCCACCAACAAGAGUUUGGCUUUUGCCUAUGUGCCUAUCCAGCUGAGUACGCCUGGACGAAAACUGGAGGUGGAACUUCUUGGCAAGCACUACCCGGCCACAGUAAUACAAGAACCACUUGUGUUCACUGAACCAACCAGGAACCGCAUGCAGAAAAAAGGGGACGGUGCUAAUCUCUAA